UGCAGAGAGUGUGCUACAGUGGUGCUUUAUCCGUUAAAACAAACCAUGUCGUUACUACAGAUUCGAUUUAUUUAACAUAAUAACAUUCAUAAUUGGGUAAUGUACAGGAAUCCUCCAUUUAACAAGAAAGGGCUGUGCCAUAAGACUCAAUGGGUUUACUGAAUGUAAGUCAGCUUGCAGUAAGAACUGCCAGGUGCUACCUGAGUCCCUUUUCAACACCAAAAUCAUGGAUUUCCACCAGAACCAUCGCUCUGGGCGGCAAGAACAUCCUGCUCAUGGGUCCUCCUGGAGCAGGGAAGACCACAGUGGGGAGGAUAGUGGCCCACAGACUGGGACUGCCUGUCAUUGAUGUUGAUGACGAUGUCUUGGAGACGACAUGGAAGAUGCCCGUCGCUGCCAAGCUGGCAUCAGUCGGUGGACAGCGUUUUCUACAGGAGGAAGGUCAGGCUUUGUGUAACUUCUCUGCCUCUGGGUGUGUUGUUUCCCUGACAGGCUCGAACCCUCUUCAUGCUGAGGCCAUGCAGCACGUCAGAGAGACCGGACUGGUCAUCUACCUGGACGUGGACAGCGAGGAUAUCAUACAGAGGCUCACCAGGAUGAAGGUGAACAGGAUAGUGGGCCAGGAGGCAGGGGUAUCCAUGAGGGACAUUCUGCAGUACAGGAAGCAGUUUUAUGAUAAGUGGCUCGAUGUGCGUGUGCUGUGUGGAACAGGGGACACGGUGGAGGAAGUAGCGGAGAAAGUGUUAAAGGCUGUGGAGAGAUAUCAAAAUCAUGCUGCAGAAACGUUUGUGUCAACCAGGUGUGACACUGUGGGAUCAUCCAAUAAGAAAACAUACUUCAGUGAUGUGGUUAUAGAGGGUCUGGCCACAGAUGGAGGCCUCUAUGUUCCCAAAAAUGGCUUCCCAAAGAUUGAUGCUCGUGAAUGGCUGAGAUUGGCUGACAUGUCAUACCCAGAGCGAGCGUUAGUUUUACUUGAAAAGUGCAUCCACCCGCUGGAUAUCUGUGCUUUGGAUCUCAGAACAAUGGUGUUCAAGGCGUAUGGUUCAAACUUUUCUUGUGAGGCAGUUGCACCUGUAAAACAUCUCAAUCACAACCAGUACGUUCAGGAGCUUUUUCACGGCCCCACCGCCUCAUUUAAAGACCUCGCUUUGCAGCUGAUGCCCCAGCUCUUCGCCUACUGCCUCCCGCCGAUGUGCAACUACCUCAUCCUGGUGGCCACGUCCGGAGACACCGGCAGCGCAGUGCUCAGCGGCUUCAGCAGGCUCGACGGGACUGACAGACACAGGAUCGGCGUGCAGGUGUUUUUCCCGGAGGAAGGGGUGAGUGAGAUCCAGAAGCUCCAGAUGAUCAGCUACAGGGAGGGAAACGCCAGGGCCGUGAGCGUCCUGUCAGACUUUGACUUCUGUCAGAGAACCAUCAAGAGGAUGUUUGGAGAGUCCGGGCUGACGGGGCACCUCGCUGUGGAGUACGGCACCGUCCUCAGCACCGCCAACUCCAUCAACUGGGCACGGCUGUUGCCACAGGUGGUCUACCACUCCUCGGCCUAUCUGGAUCUGUGCAGAGACGGCGUUGUCAAGUUUGGGGAGCCCAUCGAUGUUUGCAUCCCUACUGGUAACUUUGGCAACGCCAUGUCAGCCGUGUACGCCAAGCAAAUGGGCAUCCCGAUAAGAAAAGUCAUCUGUGCGUCCAACCACAACCGCAUCAUCACAGACUUUAUCACCACAGGCGAGUACGAUCUCCGGGGACGGCCGCUGAUGCUCUCCCACUCCCCGGCUAUAGACAUCCUGAAAUCCUCCAACCUGGAGAGGUUUAUCUACCACGUCUCAGGUGGAGACGGACGCCUCGUCAAGGACCUGUUCACGCGCUUAGACGGACGGCAGCACUUUCUGGUUCCUGAGCAUCUCCUCGGCAGGAUACAGCAGGAAGUGCUGGCCGGCUGGUGCUCCGAAGACGACUGCCUGGGCGCCAUCCGGAGCAUCCACGCACAGACGGGCUACGUCAUGGACACACACACGGCCGUGGCUAAAGUCGUGGCCGACAGGCUGCAGGACGGUUCGUGCCCCGUGGUGCUUUGUUCCACCGCUCACUACGGGAAAUUUGCUCCCGCUGUGUUCAACGCUUUACAAAUCCAAAAUAUUCCAGAGGAUCCGGUCGAGCAGCUGAGGACGCUCGGCUCGACUGCGUCCAGACCAGAGAUGCACAGAGACGUGAUGAAAUGCCUGAAGGAAAGUGGCAGGAGGGCACACACUGUCUGUCAGGCGGAGUACGGUGUGUUGGUAGAGGAGGUGGAGAGCAUGAUACACGACUCCUUCUUGAAAGUUAUGUAGAACCAUUUUAGCUUUUGUUGAUUUCCACCUUAAAUUACUAAUUUAAUUUCAAUUAAUGUAAAAAAUUCAGCUGAACAGCAUAAAAGUUGAAAGAAAUUCAAACAGAAAAAGAAUAAAUAAGAUAAAAAUAAAUAAUAAAUACCAGGUAUAAGCAGGCGUGGUGAUAAAACUGACAUAAUUUAAGAGGCCGAUUCCUGGCUGAGCCGGCAGGAUGGAGAACACAUUCACUUUUAUUGUACUGUAAUGGAGCUCUGAAGUGUUUUCUAGCUCAAUUUAAAGCCUAUUGAUUAUGCAACAUUUCUUAACAUCAUUAUCCGGAGUCCUGGCCCACUAGAUGGGGAUGUCUGCUCAGCCACUGUUGUGCUGUGUGGGAAGCGUUUCAGCACCAACAACAGCAGUUUAUGUGUUUUGCUUUAAGGGGAGUCAGAAGAGCAAAUAAACCAGUAAUGUGUGAGUUUAAAAUCAAUAUCUGCAGUCAGGGAGAUAAUUAUGUUCUUAAAGUUAACUGUACGCUCAAGCGUUGAGCUAUGGCAGCGUAUAGUUCCCCUUUGUCUCCACAUAUUUUCAGUGUAAUAUGUAUUGAUUGGUAAAUUACAACUGUUUUUAUCCAGGAAAGGUGUUGCAGAGUCCUGUGAUUGUCCACCGACUCAUUAACUACCUUUGUUUAUUUAUUUAUUUAUUUUUUUAAGAAUCACUUUUCCAGUGUUUAAAACAAAGACUGUUAAUUCCUGUCUUAUUUUGUUCUCUACAGAAUAACAGUAUAAAUUCAGUAGUUUGACAUUUUGGGAAAUAUGCUUAUUCACGUUCUUGCUGUGAGUCAGAUCAGAGGAUUGAUGGCACCCUCAAAGUCUUUAAGCUAAAUGUGUAGCUGUGACAGAAACAGCUGGCCUGGCCAAAAUGUCGAGCCGCUCCACUCUAAACCUCAGCGUGAACGGCAGCAUUAGCACGACUCCUAAUGUAAUUAAUAUAAUUUAAAUGUCACUGUCUUAAUAUUGAAGCUGCAGCUGAAUAAAAAUGAGUGAAAUGCC